UUCCCUCAUUUUCUGUGAAAAACAUACUAAGUUUUUAAAGUUCGCAACUCUUCCAUUCCACACAAUGAGUGCUGCUCCUCCAAGUGGAAGCAUUGCUGUGGAACAUGAUUCUGCUGCUCAAUGGGAUUGGCCACUUCAACACACAGACGGGGUAGUCAAAGUACACAAUACAAAAGAAAAGUUUGAAGUUGGCCUGGAUGUUCAAUUCUUUUUGCCUCAUGAAAUUGAGGUAAAAGUAGCAGGGCAAGAUGUGCUAAUUCACUGUCUUCAUGAGCCACGAAAGGAUGAACACGGGAGUGUUAAGCGAGAAAUUCACCGUUCGUAUCGUUUACCGAAUGAUGUUGUGCCUGAUACACUAAAGAGCCACCUUUCGAAUAAGGGAGUUUUAACGCUGACAGCAUCGAAAAAAUGAGGAAGAAUAAUUAAAAACAGAUUUUUGGAUAGGACUAUUUUAAUUAUAUUAUAGCUAAAAAUAAAAUUAAUGUUGAUGAAUUUGUGAUUAAACCGAUAAUAGAGUU